ACUAACAUCCCUAAAAUUAUUUUAAUUAGAAAAUCAGUCCCCUCAGUUCUGGAAAUUACAAGAAAACCCCGAAUCUUCCAUGUUAUUCUCUCUGAACUACAAAAUCACUAAGAGAACCAAAAGAAAAAAUGAAUGGCAUCGGCAUCUUCAGCAUCGUCGGCAGCUUUUGCAGCAUCAAUCGGUCCUCUGAUUUGCAAUCGCUCAACCAGAUUCCUUCCAUGUCGGAACUUUCACCAUAAAUGGAGCUUCAAAGAUGCUCGUUCUCAUUCUCGACUCUCCUUUUUCCAUUAUUCUAACUCUUCUCCUCUUAUUCCUUCUCUUCCGAUUCGCCGUCGUCUUCUUCUUCCUCUUCCUCCUCUUCAUCUUCUGUUCCGAUCUCGUUCACCUUCUUUUCGAUAUCCUCUGCCAUUAAUGGCCUCGACGGUUCCUGAUCAGGCUGGUCCGGAGCCUCCUCAGUCCAAUCCGACGAAAACGGUUAGGGUUGUGAUUAAGGGUAGGGUUCAGGGAGUGUUCUAUCGGGAUUGGACAGUGGAGAAUGCUACCGAGUUAGGGCUAAAAGGAUGGGUGCGGAAUCGGAGGGAUGGAUCCGUAGAGGCGCUUUUCUCCGGCCGCCCUGAAUCAGUGACGGAAAUGGAGCAACGGUGUCGUCGUGGUCCGCCGGCGGCGAUGGUAACCGGGUUUCAGGUUUUUCCUAGCUCCGAUGACCCAGGACCGGGGUUUGAGCGCUUACGAACCGCGUGAUGAUUGUGAAUGUAGAACCGACCGGAAUGGCGUCGUGUAAGAAAGAAUGGAGUUUUUAAUUAAUUGGUGCUCUAUUUUAUUUUUGUUCGAAGGAAAAGAAAACGAAAUUUAAAUACUGGCACUUUUCUUUUUAAAAAACAUAAAUAGCAAUCACCUAUAAAUUGUUAAUGUUAUAGUUAUGUUA